CGCAAUAGCGAGCACACAUUACGCAACGUACCAACUUUUCAACAACGCACGAUAAGAAGUCCAUACGUCUUGAAAAUUAAUACAAGCCUUGUUAACAACACUUUAAUAUUCUUGGCUGGUGGGAUUUGGUCAGUUCAUCAUGCCUUACUAUUCCAAGCAGGAGUUUCUCGACAUGGGUAUCAAGCGCAGUACCACAGACGACCCAAUAUGCAACAUCUGCUACGAGCUAUUCCCCGUGGAUCAACCUCAACACCGACCGGGAGCAUACUUCAAGGACACAUGUAGCGCUAGCAAAGCACUGCUCUCCCGCCCUAGCAAGACAGGACCCCGAUUUCCGGCACGAGCAAAGACCCGCCGCGCAUCGAAACGACAGAACACCAUGGUCGAGAUCAUUGCCUGUGGCCAUCAGUUGUGUCUGAGUUGCUUGGACCGAUGGCUAGUAGAGAGGAUCACGUGUCCCAUGUGCCGCGAUGUGCUGGUCAUCCAGGACGAGAGAAGUUCGUAUUUCUUCGGCGACCCGCGACCUUUUUCUGAGAGGGAGAUUCUGGAGAUUAGAGACAUGGGGGCGCCGGCCGUGAGUGGAUUGGUGUCGAGAGGGGAGCUGGACUUGGAGGAAGGAAGACAAGACGCGUGGUGGCAGGUGUUCGGGGGUGUUGAGAGGCGGGAGAGAUGGUGGGCGGACGUCAUUCGCGAGGGUGAUGUGCGCGCUGGUUGGAGCGAUGCUUGGACCAUGGAGGAGAGUGAUCUGGACGUUAUUGGAGGGUUGAAGUGGACGCUGAGCCAGGAUGAAGAAGAAGAUGAUGAUAGAGAAUCCGAGAAUGGGGAUUAUGAGGAGAAAGUGGAAGGGAUGGCGAGGCUAUCUGACAAUGCAAGGAAUUGGGCGGGAGUCGACGAGAUCGCACACCUUGCGUAAAACUUUUGCGUGACCGAUGUCGUCUGCUUGUCUGUUGUGGUAGUCCUGUACUGCCACAUGGGCAUGAAGAGCGCACAUUUCGGCUGUGGAGCUUCACAGGUGGCGAGAAAGGUCGAGUCAAGGCGGUAUGAGUAGGA